AUGAGGAACAACACAUCUGAGGAGGGUGCGAGCCUGAAUUGGCCCCAUGCAAAUCCUGAUGCCUCUGCUGCCUCUAUUGCCUCUGCCGUCAUCAACGAAGACUACCACAUAAUGGGCCAAGAUUCUAUACCAGCAAAGAGCCUGGCCACCUUGGGCCAGUCAAUUCAGCAAUCCCAACCUCCUGCAGCGCAGACGCUAUCUCUAGCAUGCGAGUCCGUCUUCGUGGCCGUAAUCUGCCUUGCCCAGUUCCUCACGCAGGCCGGCGUGGGCUCCGUCCUCGCCAUCCUGCCCGUCCUCAGCGCCAGCCUUGGCAUCACGAACCGUGGCGUCCAGGCCUGGCUGAUCGCGGGCUACAGUCUGACGGUCGGUACCUUCAUCCUCGUAUCCGGCAGGCUUGGUGACCUGUACGGCCACAAGCGCGUCCUGCUGGCGGGCUAUGCAUGGUUCGGCGCGUGGUCCAUCAUCGCGGGUCUCGCAGUGUACUCCGGCUCCGUGCUUUUCGUCUUUGCGCGCGUUCUCUCGGGUAUUGGGCCGUCGCUGAUGCUGCCAAAUGCACUCGCCAUCCUCGGCGUCAUAUACCCGCCGUCGCCGCGCAAGAACCUUGUCUUCGCCCUUUUCGGCGCCGUCGCGCCAGGUGGCUGCGUGGUAGGCGCUGCACUUGCGAGCUUGUUCGCGAUCACCUGGUGGCCAUGGUUUUUCUGGGUAAUGGGAAUCACGCUACUUGCGAUUGCUGUGCUGGGGUAUCUCGUGAUUCCUGAGGACCCGCGGGUGCUGAGUGGGAGGUCGCUCUCGGUGCUGGAGUUUAUCGAGGCCGCCGGCGUUGUGGGGUGGUCCGAGCCGUACGUCUACAUUCUAUUGAUCCUCGGCGUCCUCCUCGUGCCUGUCUUCUUCUGGGUCGAGUUUCGCGUAGCGCGGUCGCCACUGCUACCAUUUGACGUCUUGAAUGGAGAGGUCGGGGUGGUGCUCGUGUGCAUUGCGUGCGGUUGGGGCAGUUUCGGUGUCUGGAUCUUCUACGUUUUUCAGUUUUUUGAACAUACAAGAGGCGCAAGUCCCCUCCUCGCGACAGCAUGGUUAUCUCCCGUCGCAAUAACGGGCGCCCUGGCUUCCCUCACUACUGCCUACCUGCUUGGCCGUGCGCAGCCUGUGACGAUCAUGGUAAUCGCCAUGGCCGCCUUCACCGCCGGCAGCAUCAUCAUUGCCACUGCGCCAGCAAACCAGGCCUACUGGGGCCAAAGCUUUGUGAUGAGCUUAGUGAUUCCAUUUGGCAUGGAUAUGAGCUUCCCAGCCGCAAGCCUUAUCAUCUCCAACGCGGUACCACGUGAGAAGCAGGGUGUCGGUAUGAGUCUCGUCAACACAGUAGUCAACUACUCCAUCUCCAUCGCGCUCGGCUUCGCGGGGACGGUCGAGAUCCAGGUCACGAAGGGUGAUCCAGGCCCCGGGGCGGCGCUAAGAGGGUACAGGUCAGCGUGGUACCUUGGUACCGGGCUUGCAGGACUCGGGCUGUGCUUCAGUGUUGUCAAUCUUGCGAUAAUAAAGAUUAAAGCGAGAUCGAAGCUGCCAGGGGGCAAAGUCGAGGGCAGGUUAGAUCUGGAGCGUGUUAAGCCGAAGUCAAAUCCGGGAGACUCGUGUUAA